AUGCUCGCAGCGAUGCCGUUCCAGCGGGUGCUUGCUUCCCAGCGCACUUUCAUCACCGCUGUCAGUGCUGCCGCCUCGCCUGCCGGUGCCAGGGCCAGUCGGCGAGCGUUCGCACUCGCUGCGACUCAGCCUCGCCGUGCUGAUGUCGCCAGCGCGACCGCUACCUCCAACCCACCGCCGUCCUCCCAGCUCUCGGCGACGCCUGCCUCCUCUGUUUCUGCGACCACGAGCAACGCCCCGCCCAAGGUCGCCUCGUCUUCGAGUUCGUCGGGCUCGUCAGCAGGCUCGCAGCCUCCCAAGAAGCCCAAGAACCGCAUCCGCACCUUUGCCCGCACCGUUCUCGUCACCAUCCUCGCCGGCGGAGGAUAUGUCGUCUGGAGGAGUUACGAGCAGAGGCACCCGGGCGAGCAGCUCCCUCACGACCCCAAGCUGCCGACCGUCGUCGUCCUCGGAAAUGGCUGGGCGAGCACCGCGUUCCUCAAGGAGCUCGAUAACUCCGGCUACAACGUCGUCGUCAUCUCCCCCCGCAACUACUUCCUUUUCACUCCCUUGCUUCCUUCCGUCACCGUCGGCACCCUCUCCGCACGAUCCAUCCUCGAGCCUACGCGCUUCUUGACGCGGCACUUGAAGCGCAAGACGGAGGUGUACGAGGGAGAGGUCUACGAGGUUGACCCGGAGAAGAAGACUGUGCGCUUCGUCGACAACUCGGAGAUCAAGGGCGAGGUUGACGGCACCGAGAUCAGCUACGACUACCUCGUCUACGCCGUCGGCGCCGAGAACCAGACGUUCGGCAUCAAGGGCGUCAAGGAGAAUGCAUGCUUCUUGAAGGAGGUCUGGGACGCCGAGAAGAUCCGCACCCGCAUCGUUGACUGCAUCGAGGCGGCCAACUUUUCGGGCCAGACUCAGGAGGAGAUUGACCGGCUGCUGUCGUUCGUCGUUGUUGGUGGUGGCCCGACCGGUGUCGAGUACGCUGGCGAGUUGCACGACUUCUUGAUGGAGGAUCUUGGCAACUGGUACCCCGACCUCGCGGACCGCAUCAAGAUCACCCUCAUCGAGGCCCUUCCCAACGUCUUGCCCAUGUUCUCCAAGCAGCUCAUCGACUACACCAUGUCGACCUUCCAGGAGAACAAGAUCAACGUCCAGACGAAGACGAUGGUCAAGGAGGUUCAGGAGAAGAAGCUCAUCGCGCAGAACGAGAAGAAGGAGCUCGUUGAGUACCCUUACGGUCUCCUCGUCUGGGCCACCGGCAACACCGCUCGCCAGGUCACCAAGGACCUCAUGAACCGCCUCUCGUCCACUCAGAACUCGCGCCGCGGUCUCCUCGUCGACGAGCACCUCCGUCUCCUCGGCUCCGACGGCAUCUUCGCCCUCGGCGACUGCACCGCGACCAACUACGCCCCAACUGCCCAGGUCGCAUCGCAGCAGGGUCGCUACCUCGCCAGGGUCUUCUCCAAGCUGCACAAGAAGGAGCUCCUCCUCAACGAGCUCGAGCAGGCUAAGCAAGUUGGCGCUGAGCCUGCCAAGCUCGACUCGCUCGCCAAUGCCGUCAUCCGCGCCAGCAAUAUCGCGCCGUUCCACUACUCGCACCAGGGCUCGCUCGCCUACAUCGGAUCGGACAAGGCUAUCGCCGACUUGCCCGUCUUCCAGGGCAACCUCGCUGCCGCCGGUCUCGCGACCUACUACUUCUGGCGAUCUGCGUACAUCUCGCAGCUCUUCUCCCUCCGCAACCGUCUCCUCGUCGGAACCGACUGGCUCAAGACCAAGGUUCUUGGCCGCGACGUCUCUCGCGCAUAA